UCUUCAAAAUCAUUCAUGAAGAACUAUAACGAAUUGUGUUCUGCUUCUUCGAAUUAAUCGUAAUGGAUUCGGGACAAUCGGUAGUCAAUGAUCCCUACUCGCCGAUAGAAACAGAGAAUUUUCCAACUACAAAUGACCCAGUUACAGAGCCAACAACGGUUCCUGGUGUUAUUGGUUUUGAAGGAAAUGAGACAAAGCCUCAUGUAACAGUAAUACCAACCUCAUUACUUUACAAUCGAACACACAAGUCAAUUAACGAUCUUUUAUAUAAUGGUACCGGAUACUAUAUCGACGAUGAAGAGGAGUCAGGUUUAACUGACCUGGAUACCUUACUGUUAGCAUGUUUGGUUACAUUGGUUUUAUUAGCUCUUGCUGGUUCUACUGCCUUCCUACUUAGGUUACUGUGGAAAAAAUAUAGAAGAAGCAAAGUAAAUGCUCAGUACGACGGGAUAUUACACAGGGAAGGAACUUCCGAAUCGAUAUCUAGGCCAUUACAUUCUCAUCUUCUCGAUGAUAAAAAUCUAAACGACACUCACCUAUCCGUAAAUCUAGAAGACUUAGAAGUAGUUAAUGGAGUUGAAAUGAACACCCAAGUAAGAAGCAAUAACCAUUCGAACACCAACGGCAGCAUCAUAACUAUGACGCUAAAAAAUAAUCAUCUCAUUGUUGAAACUGAAGAACGAAAUGACCUGCAAGAAGACAGUAGAGAAACUACUAUGCGAUAUUCUCCCAGUGCCAGAGAUGGUGUCUUCGUUGUAGAAGUACAGCAAGGUGUGAGAAGAAGCCCUGGAUCUGGAGAACAAACGUCUUGUGUUGAUCCCGAGGUGUCUGUAUCAGUAGGUGACCAGUGUGCGCUGGUGCACAAUCCUCCAGAUAAGUACAGCGAUGAGGAAACCCUUGGAGAAUACGACGAGAGUGAAUACUGUAUCGAAAUGGUGUCACCGGAAACUCCAGAUUCCGCAUCGUCCAAAGCAAAAACUGGUUUAACACAAUCCAACACUAGUCUUAGCCAUAGUUCUUACUGCUACACAAAUCAACAAUGUUAUGAUAUAGACAACUACGGUUCCAGUCAAUAUAAAGGGUAUACAGUGUGUGACGACCAACCCGUAGCCAAAUGUAUUGAUGAUACCAGACCAAAAAUCAUGGCAGCCAUUUAUAAAAAUACACUAAAGAGGAGCCCUAGUACAGAAGAUUUACAUAUGGCUUCUAUAAGCGGGGGGUUAGUUGAGGAUAGUACAGUUCUCCGAAACUCGUCUAAUAGGUCGAUUAACGAUAAAAUACCAACUCCGGAAUCUUCAAAAGUAGUUGAGAAACCGAAAAUCACAGGUGAAUUAUCAUCAAGCAAGGAAGCGGAAACGAGGUCUAAGGAUUACGAAAAUAAAGGGUUCGAAUGCAACGACUUGGCGAAAAGUUAAAAAUUGCUAUUAUUAUUUUAACUCAAUCUCUAUUAGGUACAAAUCUAAUGCCCACCUGUACGUUACAGAGCUUUUCACUUUGAUGGUUUUUACCGGUUGUUUUAGAAAGAGUGCACUUUAAAUAAGUUACAAUGUAUUUCAAAUUAAGCGGGAUAUCUUGGC